AGCCCCCAUCCCCGUCAGAUAAAAGGGCGGAGGCCGAGCGGGCUUGCCAACUGCAGGCUCCCGCCAGGGCCCGUCUCCGCGUCCCUCGCGCCAUGUCGUUCCGCUCCUUCCAGCAGGGCUCCAGAUGCGGGGCCCAGAGCUUCAGCUCCUGCUCGGCCGUCCUGCCCCGGACAGUCGCCCACUACGCCGUGAGCAAGGGCCCCUGCCGGCCUGGGGGCGGAGCGGGCCUCCGUGCCCUGGGCUGCCUGGGCUCCCGCAGCCUGUGCAACGUGGGCUUCGGGAGGCCCCGGGUGGCCUCCAGGUGUGGGCUGCCUGGCUUCGGGUACCGAGUGGGGGCCUCCUGUGCGCCGUCGGCCUGCAUCACCCCCGUCACCAUUAACGAGAGCCUGCUGGUCCCGCUGGACCUGGAGAUCGACCCCACUGUGCAGAGGGUGAAGAGGGACGAGAAGGAACAGAUCAAAUGCCUCAACAACCGCUUCGUGUCGUUCAUCAACAAGGUGCGCUUCCUCGAGCAGAAGAACAAGCUCCUGGAGACCAAGUGGAACUUCAUGCAGCAGCAGAGAUGCUGCCAGAGCAACAUGGAGCCCCUGUUCGAGACCUACAUCGGCGCCCUGCGCAGGCAGCUGGACUGCGUGGCCGGGGACCGCGCCAGGCUGGAGGCCGAGCUGUGCAGCCUCCAGAACUCCCUGGAGACCUACAAGAAAAAAUACGAAGAGGAGCUCUCCCUGCGACCUUGUGCUGAGAACGAGUUUGUGGCCUUGAAGAAGGACGUGGACACGGCCUUCCUGAUGAAGGCGGACCUGGAGACCAACGUGGAGGCUCUGGUCCAGGAGAUCGACUUCCUGAAAGGCCUGUACGAGGAGGAGAUCUGCCUGCUCCAGUCUCAGAUCUCAGAGACCUCGGUCAUUGUCAAGAUGGACAACAGCCGGGAGCUGGACGUGGACGGCAUCAUUGCUGAGAUCAAGGCCCAGUAUGACGAAAUCGCCAGCCGCAGCAAAGCCGAAGCCGAGGCCUGGUACCAGUGCCGGUAUGAGGAGCUGAGGAUGACAGCCGGGAAUCACUGUGACAACCUCCGGAACCGCAAGAACGAGAUCCUGGAGAUGAACAAGCUGAUCCAGAGACUACAGCAAGAGAUUGAGAAUGUCAAAGCCCAGCGCUGCAAGCUGGAGGGAGCCAUAGCUGAAGCCGAGCAGCAGGGCGAGGCAGCCCUCAGCGACGCCAAGUGCAAGCUGGCCGGGCUGGAGGAGGCCCUGCAGAAGGCCAAACAGGACAUGGCCUGCCUGCUCAAGGAGUACCAGGAGGUGAUGAACUCCAAGCUGGGCCUGGACAUCGAGAUCGCCACCUACAGGCGCCUGCUGGAGGGCGAGGAGCACAGGCUGUGUGAAGGCAUCGGGCCUGUGAAUAUCUCCGUGAGCAGCUCCAAAGGAGCCAUCGUGUAUGAGCCGUGCGUGGUCAGCACGCCCAUGCUGCGGGCCGAGUACUGCCCGGGGGGCACCGGCGUUGUCAAGAGCAGCGGGAGCUGCAGCGUGGUGGGCACCGGAGAACUGUGCCUCCCCUGGGAGUCGCAGGGGCUGCUGGGCUGUGGGGGCGGCCGGAGCUCCGGCAUGAAGCUGGGCACCGGCGGGGGCCCCACCUGCCACAAAUGUUAG